UGGAAAGCUGUGGUUUUCAGGUGACUGAGGCGCCGUUACUGCCGGGUCUCCACUCUCCAGGUUGAAAGAAUAAAAUCCUCGUCUCUCUGGCAACAGGUGGUGGAGGGGCAGAGUCCUCUGCCUCUGGGCUCCGCAUGUCGCAGGAAACGCCUGCGUUCGUCCGGCGGGCAGGACGAGGCCCGGAGGAGCUGCGCCCGGCGGCCCAACCCCGAAGGCUCGCUGUCAGCUGGAGAGUUGAGCAGCUACGGCAAGCCGGAGGAGGAGAAGCAGAGACUGUGUCAGCGCUGCCACAUCAUGGCGUCGCAGCUGAACAGACAGGCUGCUGCUCUGACUGACGCCGCGUCAAUGAAGGACCCCGCCUACGCCUCCUUCGUCUUCGAUAAGCUGCGCCGCCUGCAGUGGCCUCACCGCGGCCGCCAUGCUUCCUGCGACGCCCGCUGCAGCGUCUGCGGCGCCGCCUACCAGCAGCUGAGGCGUCUGGCUCUGCGUCGGGUUCUGGGCGUCAGCGGGGAGAUGGCGCCGCGCCCCGCCGCCCCCUGGGAGGCCGAGGAGCUGCCGGUGAAGCAGCAGAGGUGGAUGCAGGAGGAGCAGCAGGGGGGCGGAGCUCCGUGGGGCGGCGUGCACAGCACCUACCUGGGAGGGGGCGGAGCCAAAGGGCUCGCCACGGUCACGCCGCUGAACGCUCAUAACUACCUGGAGGGAAUCUGGAGGGUCUCCUGCAGCAGAGCUGAACCUCAGCCGGAAACGGGUUCGACGUCUGGCCAGGGCCGUGUUGCCAUGACGACCCAGGACGUCCCAGUGAAACCGGCGGCCCACAGCAUCGCCACCCAAACCAGCCCGGCUCCGUCUGGUGCGGCCGCAUUCUUCCUCAGGGCGGCUCAGAAGCUCAGUUUGUCCCGCAGGAGGAAGUCCCAGCCGGGUCCGGUGGCGCCGGGCCCGCCGCUGUUCACCGGAGGCUUCAGCGGGGCCCUGCAGCUGUCGCCGCCCGCCGUCCCGCCAUGCCUCCUACGGGCCGGGUCAAAGGUCAAGGACACGCCCGGCAUGGGGAAGGUUCGGGUCAUGGUCCGCAUCAGCUCUGCUAACAGCAGCGACUCGGAGUCCAUGUCCUUCCUGAAGGUGGACGGCAGAAAAAAGCAGCUGACGCUGAUUGAGACUCCGAACGGCGGGAACUCUGCGUCCUCUCAGAGACGAUCCAUCGCCGCGGCACCAAAGACCUUCAGCUUCGACGCCAUCUUCACGCAGGACGCCUCUCAGGCUGAGGUUUGUUCGGGAACCGUGUCAGAGGUCAUUCAGUCGGUGGUGAACGGCGCCGACGGCUGCAUCUUCUGCUACGGACACGCCAACCUGGGGAAGACGUACACCAUGAUUGGCCGGGACUGCUCCACCCAGAGCCUGGGCGUGGCGCCCACCGCCAUCUCCUGGCUCUUCAAGCUGAUCGAGGAGCGCAGGGAGAGAAGCGGGGCUCGUUUCUCCGUCAGAGUGUCGGCGGUGGAGAUCUCCGGCCAGGAGGAGGCGCUGUGCGACCUGCUGGCUGAACUCUCUGCCUCGGCGGGGGGCCAACCGGAGGCCCCGGGGCCGGCCGUGUCACUGCGGGAGGAUCCUGUCUGCGGCUCCCAGCUGCAGAACCAGACGGAGCUGCGGGCGACCAGCGCCGAGCGCGCCGCCUACUUCCUGGACGCUGCUCUGGCGGAGAGGAGGAGCAGCCGGACGCCGGACGACCAGGACGCCCGGAGGAACUCCCACUUCCUGUUCACGCUUCACCUCUACCAGGAGAGGGCGGACAAGAGCAACAAGGCAACAGUGUCGGGCCGGAGUCGUCUCCACCUGCUGGACCUGGGCAGCUGUGAGACGGACAUCAGCCGGACCAGGGAGGGCGGCGCGGCGCAGUGCCUGUCCCUGUCCGCUCUGGGCAAUGUCAUCCUGGCGCUGUCCAACGGGGCCAAGCACGUCCCCUACAGAGACAGCAAGCUCACCAUGCUGCUCAGCGAGUCUCUGGGUAACAUCAACUGUCGAACCACCAUGAUCGCCCACAUCUCCGACUCACCGGCGAACUUCAUGGAGACGCUGACCACGGUGCAGCUGGCGUCCCGCAUCCACCGCACGAGGAAGAAGAGAUCCAAAUACGCCUCCAGCUCUUCCGGAGGCGACAGCUCCUGUGAGGAAGGUCCAUCCCAUCGGCCUCCUCAUGUUCAGCCUUUCUACCCCCGGAUCGUGGCUCUGGAUCCUGACAUACCGCUGCUGCUCUCCAGCGAUCCUGACUAUUCCUCCAGCAGUGAACAGUCCUGCGACACCGUUAUUUACGUCGGACCCGGUGGAACGGCAAUAUCUGACCGAGAGCUGAGCGACAAUGAGGGCCCGCCUUCCUUUGUGCCCAUCAUUCCCUCCCUGAACAAGAAGCGAACCAAAGACUCUCCCCGUUCAGACGGAGAUCACUUUAAGUGCAACACAUUCGCAGAGCUGCAGGAGAGGCUUGAUUGCAUCGAUGGCAGUGAAGCUCCAAACGCGUUAAGCACAGAGAGCAGAGCAACACAACCAAUGAAGAAUCAAGCUGGACCAGAAUCUGAUGAGAACUCCUCUCUAAACCUAACCGGACCAGACUCCAGACUCCCUUCGGCUGGAAGCCCAGUGGAAUCCUCCAAAAGGACCAGUGCUGAUGGAGAAAAACUCUCCGGCUCCCUCAUUCAGCCUUGUUCGGUACAGUCCAGUGAGCCUUGUUCAUCAGGUCCAGAACCGGUGGUAAGAGAGAAGGUUAGAGGAGCUGCAACCAGACCAUCACCUCCUCAGUCGUUACCCCAGAGGCCCAUAGCAGCAUCUGACUCAGGAGAAGCUCUCAGCAGGACUCCCCCAGUGGGUAUGAGCUACCAAGCACCAAGACAAAGCCAACCUUUGGAGUUACCAGACAGGGAAACGUCCCACCACUCCACAGGUUACCCCAUGGAAGUCAGCGGCCUUCGAGCGGCUUUGUUAGGAAGAUGCCUGGACAGAGACUUCCUCAGGACCACCAUCACGCUCCAGCAGCCUGUGGAGCUGAACGGGGAGGAUGAGCUGGUGUUCACCGUCAUAGAGGAGCUUCCUAUCGGCCUCGUCCCGGAUAAUGGCCGCCCCGCCAACCUCCUCAGCUUCAACCCAGAGUGUUCGCUGCAGGCCUUCGCUGCAGGUUCCCGUCCAGUCAGCAUCAUCAGCAGCAUCAAUGAUGAGUAUGACGCUUACACAACCCAGCAUGGAGUUACAGGAUCAGGCUGCCAUUUGUCUGCAGGAUUAAGACCCGCUGAAAGUGAAGACAGUACUUCAGCAAACAGGUUUUUCAUGAGAGAUGAGAGGACAGCAGCAGAGAGCGCGUCCACCCUGAUCUCACCAAGUAUAUACCAUCGACAGCCAUUUCUGCAGCAUGGCUUGAAGAGUUCGCUGAAUGACAGUGGCAUUUGUUUCUCAGAGCUGGACAGUGAUCCCGCCACACCCAACAAACCAUCAUUUACCAAGGCCUCUGCUUUCCCUGAUUCCACCAAAGCCACACCGAAAGGAUCCUCUAAGGUGAGAGCCUUAAGCACUCCAACGUCUUCUCCCCACCACACCCACCACUCCAGUCUUCCCAGGAAAACCAAGCCUACCUCUUCUGGAGCCGUAGGCAACAGCACACAAGAGAACCUGUUGUUUCAGGGAAGCACCUUCGUUGAUCCAAGAGAGGUUGAGCUUCUCUCUGCGGGCAAGCCAAUGAGAAGUGGCACAGCCAGCAUCUCCCCCAAGAGGUCUGGAGGAAACAGCAACAGUGUUCCUCGAUCUCCGAAGACACAAAUAUCAUCCACAGCUCAGAGAGUUGUUGAUGGCUGCGAGAAGCCCAUCAGCAGAAGAGGAGAUACUCUCAUCAAGCUGCCACGGCUCACACGAGGUGCAACAACUCUGGGAACUGUUUCCACUUCACAGAACCCUGAAACGAAAUGGGGUCAAGAAGCUGCCGGCGUGACGGGGACAUUAAGGUUUUCAUCACUGGGGAAGAAGUCAAAUGGGCAGAAAAGUAGCAUGAUCUCCAAGUCUGGCUCUGGAAACAUCUCCCCUCCUACGCCACUUAUCAGACAGUCCAGCCAAGAACAGAAGACAAAGUUUCCAAGUGCCUUAAAACCGAGCAGUGACAGUGGAAGGUUUGCUUUCCCUAAAAGCUUAACCUCAGAGGAGGAGUUCACCUUCAGGCACCGAGCGGAUUCAUUCAGUCACAAGACGUCUAGUUUGAAAAUCGACCAUGGUUCUGCCAGAACGUCUUCCAGUCUGAAGACACGAGGGGCCAAAGCAGAUUCUCACAGGUUCUAUGGCAGCUUGAGAUCUCUGGAGAGGGGAGACAGUCCAACCUCAACUCUGCUGAAACCGGAGGCGUUCAGGGAUGCUAAUGGUGCUGCUGCAGGGAGUAGCUGCAAAUCCAGCAGAUCUGCACCAAGACUUGGCCUUCCGCCGUUAAACAUCCCCUGUUCCUCCCAAGCCUCUUCUACUUUCCUUUCAACAGCCAGCAAACUAUCGCAGGUCCGAAGCAACGGUAACUCCCGUGUUGCUGGUUCUGCUGGACUGAAGGUUCGACCAUCGUCAACCAGCAGCUCUAAAAGCCUGAGUUCCCCUCCUGGGCCCAAUGCCAGCCUACCCCCAACCGGCAAGCCUCCUGCCAGAGCCGGAACCGGACUUAAGACGGGAAGAGGCACCAUCAUGGGCACCAAGCAGGUCAUCAGCAGGGCAGCUAACAGCCGGGUCAGCGAGCUCGCUGCUGGUGAGAAGCAGCUCAGUAGAGGGGCUGGAGAAAGCGAAAGUACCGACAGCGGGACGAGUGGCGUCGGCCCGCUGCUGCCCUCACCCUACAGCAAGAUCACAGCCCCCCGCCGGGCGCAGCGCUACAGCAGCGGACACGGCAGCGACAACAGCAGCAUCCUCAGCGGGGAGCUUCCCCCCGCCAUGGGCCGCACCGCCUUGUUUUACCACAGCGGGGGCAGCAGCGGCUACGAGAGCAUGAUCCGAGACAGUGAGACGACCGGCAGCACUUCGUCAGCCCACGACUCCAUGAGCGAGAGCGGAGCGUCCAACCGAGGCAGGGUGUCCAAGUCGCCCAAGAAGAGAGGAAACGGCGGCUUCCUGCGGCGGCGGCUGAUCCCCGCCCCGCUGCCGGACGCCUCGGCCCUGGGCAGGAAGGUCGGAGGUCAGUGGGUGGAGCUGCCGGCGCUGGGCGGCGCCCUGAAGGAGCCGUUUGAGAUCAAGGUGUACGAGAUCGACGACGUGGAGCGGCUGCAGAGGAAGGAGGCGGGGUCAGAGCCGCCGCUGCAGGACGUGGAGAAGGUUCUGCUCCAGCGGCAGCAGCGGCUGCAGCAGCUGAGCCGCCGCCAUGCGGAGCUGCAGGCGGAGCUGCAGGAGGCGAAGCUGCACCUGAUGCUGCAGCCCAGCAGGUGGCGCUCAGACUUCGACGUCGACCAGAACCUGGACCGGGAGUCCCAGGAGUACCUGGAGGCUCUGGCUCGGGCCACGGCGGAGCUGGAGUCCUGCGUCAGCCUCUGCAAGGCCCGCGUCAUGAUGGAGACCUGCUUUGACAUCAGCGUCACCAUGGCAACGAGCGCCGCGGCGGCGCAGGAUGGCCGCCACAGAGUGUAGGCGCCAUGGAAACGGAGCGAAACACAAAAAGAUGGGAGCUUUGGAAGUGCCUUUCUGCUGCAUUAUUAAUUUAAACUUCCUUGUUUAAUUAUUUUAUUCUUUAUCAUAUUUCGUAUUUAUUUUGGUUUAAUGGUGCUGAAAUCUUCGUUAUGCAACAUAAUUUAGAAAAUAUCAGUAAAUUUCUAAGAUACAGAGUUUAGGUAGAAGAAGGAAUAAAUAUAAGAUCCAACCUCA